GCGGAUUCCCUCAGUCUUCGCCCUCCCCACAGCCCACCCUUCCUCUCUCCACCACUCCAUCCUACCAAGCAAGCACACCUCAGGGAAGAAGAAGCAACAAAUCGAUCCAUGGAGUUCUACGUGGACGAGAAGUGGAAGUUCUCCAAGAAGAGCCGGAACAACGGCAGCAGGCGCGUCCCUGGCGGCGGCGGCGGGGACCCGUUCCUCAAGAGGUCGGCUAGCACAAGGGACCAGGUGAUCGGCCGGCGGGCGGGCGCCGCCGGCGCGGCCUCCUCCGCAGGCGGGUGCGCGGCGCCUUCCUUCUCCAGCCGGUGCGCGGGUCUGGUCAAGGAGCAGCGGGCGCGCUUCUACAUCAUGCGCCGCUGCGUCACCAUGCUCGUCUGCUGGAAGGAUUGCUCGUAGCCCCGCCGCCGCGCCCUGGCGCUCAAGAUCUCUCGUCCUUGGCCCGCUGUUCGCCUGCUCCUUCUCCAGAUUAGCCAUAGGACAGAAGCAGGAGAGGGGUAUCGAGAAGAAGGCUAAUUGGGUGGUGUAUGUACAGAUCAGCCUUAAUUAGGAAUCUUAUUUCUCUUCUUCCUCCUCUUCCCCCCCCCCCCCCCCCCCUCCCAUUUCUGGGAUGUUUCUUGGAGAAGUUACCAGUGCUUGAUUAGUUAGUGAUUAGUAGAGUACUUAGAUGUGGUAGUGUGGGCAAGUUUUGGGAUCGCCUUCUGAAGGAGAUGGGGAUCUGGUUGUUACAGGUGCUGCAGAAGCUAGGAGAAAACACAGACAGGCCUAGCUAGGCCUAGCUGAAAUCUAGUGGAUCUUCUUCUACUGUUGUACUGGCAGGGCAAGGCUGCAAAGUUGUCACUGCCGAUGUAUAGGUAAAGAAAUGAGACGCAACAACAUACUAUUGUGAUGUCACCACACCA